AUGAAUGACCCUGCUGUAUUCGCCGGCCUCAAGGCAGUAAUAUACUUCCUUCUUAAGUAUCUCAACGCAUAUAUUUUCUUGGAGGCUCCUAGCAUCAAUUUACUACAAAACGACGACGAAUUCAAACAGAUUUUAAAUGCACAUCUGCGUAAAGAAAAGCCACCUCCAUCUGGUGACCGGAAAAGUGCUGCAGGCCCUCUGGAACAACCUGAUUUUUGGACAGAAGUAAAUGACGUCGACUUGCUUUCCGAAUAUUUAUGGCAGUCCGAUACCCAGAUGUUUAAUUCUCAGAGUGCUGUAGUAGUGUUUGAUAGCAAUCUAGCGAAUGAAUCCGAUCUGACGGACAUGGUUAUUUGCUUGGGAGGGGAUGGCACACUUCUACACGUUGCAUCCAUCUUUCAGGACACCGUUCCACCCAUCCUCUCUUUCCAUAUGGGCAGUCUGGGUUUUCUCACACCUUUCAGCUUUGCCGACUUUCCUCGUAUACUCAGGAAGGUUUAUACGGACGGUGGCCCCUGUAUUCUACGAUCGCGAUUGUGCUGUCAGGUGGUGCGUGGAAGAAAAACGGACUCUGCUUCCUCCUUAUCAACAUCUUCGGAUGAAUCUGCUCACCAGACCGGGGCGAAUGCUUACCAUGUACUGAAUGAAGCAGUCUUCACUCGUGGAACCUGCCCCUACCUCACCAACCUCGUUCUCAGUGUUGACGGGAAGGAAGUCACUCGGAUUCAGGGUGAUGGUCUGAUAAUAUCCACUCCCACCGGGAGUACGGCCUAUUCAAUGUCUGCGGGAGCGUCCAUCCUGAACCCAGCCGUCCAGGCCAUCCUCAUCACCCCCAUUAGCGCGCACUCCCUGAGCUGUCGCCCCCUGGUUCUGCCCCUCUCCGCCCGUGUGGAGGUGUCGAUCGCUCCGGACGCCCGGGGCGAGUGUGUGCACCUCUCCAACGACGGGCGUCUUCGUCACCGGCACACCCUUCACAAGGGCGACCGAGUAGUCAUCACAUCUUCGCACUAUCCUGUACCUUGCUUCGGAAGCAAAAAUCAGGUCGCAGACUGGUUCAGCGAUCUUGCCCACUGUCUACACUGGAAUGCGCGACAACGUCAGAACCAGUUUAACGAAGGCGGGUUCUUACCUCACAGGUUUCACGAAUACAACAGCAAGGAGUCUCCUGAGUGA